UAAUGUACUGGCAGGGGAAGUGAAUAGUGAUAAAAAAAUAGAGCAAAAGACAAAAAAAACCCAGCAUUGGCAUUACCGCAAGAAUAGAAGUAUAAAGUCCAUCGCCGCCUGUACUGACAAGAGGGAAAUUGAGAGAAAUAAUGGCAGGCCGCGGCAGAACAAGCCGGCAAAACAAGGAUAAUUGGCCUCAAGAUCUUCUCCUUUCGAUCUUGGCUACCCUUCCUGCCAAGUCUUUGUUGCGAUUCAAAUGCGUGUCCAAGCAUUGGCGAUCACUGAUCAUCAACCCUGGUUUCAUCGAACAACAUCUUGAAAACCAACAGAAAAAAGAGUACCCUCAAUUGAUAUUUGCCUCUGGAACUACAACCGAAAUAGUUUUGGGAUCCGUGGACAUCGUCGAUGUUGAAGUUGAUGAUGAAGAAGGAGCAAAGACCAGGAAAGGUUUCAAACGAAGAUCUUUGAAUAUCUGUCAUCUUCCACCUGAUGGUUACUGCAUGUCCAAUUCUUGUGAUGGAAUUCUUUGCUUCUUUGGGGAAACUAAUGUCUUUGUUUACAAUCCCGGAACUAGAGAGUUUCGGAUUCUUCAGAUGGGAAAGAAGAGAUCUUCCCGUGGUCCUUCCUACUCUUCUGAUUGCUUCGGACAACGAUUUCCAGCACAUCAAUUAGUAGGGUUUGGUCGUGAUCAAGUUACAAAAGAAUGCAAAAUUAUACGAUUGUUUAUACCUAUAGAGGAACAAGAAAACCAUAUUCAUGAGUGCGAGGUUUUUACAUUGAGUUCAGAUGCUGGGGCUUCAUGGAGGGCUCUUGGCGUAGUUGGUUACUUCAUUAGGCCAGCACAACAACCUGUCUUUGUCAAUGGAGCACUUCACUGGAUCCUUGACGUCAGACAUGCUAACCCUUCCGAGGUGAUCGUCUCCUUCGAUCUCCAUACUGAGAAAUUCCAAGCAAUAUCGCACCCGAGUUGUUGCUCAGAAGCCUCAGAUCGUCGUAUGCAGCAUUUUAUGGGGUUACUAUCUUUGAGAAGCUCUCUAUGUCUAGUACAAUCAGAAUACAGGCUGCGACUGAAUAUAUGGAUAAUGAAUCAAAGCAAUGGAGUUUGGGAGAAACUGUUUACUAUUGAUUUGGGAUUGAUGAAUUAUAGAACUCCAUUGGCAUUUCCAAUAGCAGAACUCAAGGAUGGAACCUUUUUUGUUUCCCAUUUUGGGGAGAACUUGCAAAUAUAUGAUCCAGAGAGCCAAAGUUUUAGUGAAGUAUUGAUACAACAUGAAAGAAGGGUUGUGUCCUAUGCAUACUCUGAAAGUUUAGUCCCUCUUUAUGGAGAGCCACUGGUGUAUUGAUCGAGUUGUAAAUAAUAUGUAUUAAUUUUUUUAUGUGAAAAGCUGGAAUUUGAUUCAUUGCUUCAAUGAAGUCAGCAAAAAACUACCAUUUUUGUGGUGCUGGUAGGGCUAUACGACAACCCAGUAGGCAGGCAUACCUGCCAAUUCUAAGUAGAGUGUCAGGACUCCUCCCCAAUGGAUCUCAAA